GAAUGUACUUUGAACCUAGAAUAGGUAUUGAAGUAUAAAAGUGCCAGUAACGAUAGAAGACUUCGUACUUCUCCCAGUUUUUGAUGUGCAAAUUUUGGUCCAGCAAGACUCUCGCUCGUUCUAGUUUUUUUUUGCUGUCAGAGAAACACACAAGACUACGGACCACGUAUACUUCUCGUGUACCAACAUUCGACAUUUGAUUCGCGCUAACAUAUUGUAAAAAAAAUGAUUAAUACAGGGAAGUUGGCUGGUCGCACUAUUUUUAUUACAGGAGCUUCAAGGGGUAUUGGAAAAAGUAUAGCAUUGAAAGCGGCAAAAGAUGGUGCAAAUAUUGUUAUUGCUGCGAAAACUGCUCAACCGCAUCCAAAACUACCGGGUACCAUUUACACAGCAGCUAGCGAAAUUGAAGCAGUUGGUGGUAAAGCUCUACCUUGCAUCGUGGACAUUCGCGAUGAAGCUCAAGUGGUUAAUGCAGUGGAAAGUGCUGUCGCAAAGUUUGGCGGUAUAGAUGUUUUAGUGAACAAUGCGAGCGCUAUUUCUUUAACGGGCACUCUUGAUACCGAUAUGAAAAGAUACGACUUGAUGAAUAAUAUUAAUGCUCGAGGAACUUUUCUUGUCUCAAAAGUUUGUAUACCGUAUCUGAAGAAAAGUGCAAAUCCACAUAUAGUUAAUAUAAGUCCGCCGCUGAAUAUGAAAGCGGUUUGGUUUAAAAAUCAUGUUGCAUAUACAAUAGCCAAGUAUGGAAUGUCUAUGUGUGUUCUUGGUAUGGCGGAAGAGUUUAAACCUGACAGUAUCGCGGUUAACGCUGUUUGGCCAAAGACAGCUAUAUAUACUGCUGCAAUGGAGAUGUUAUCAGGUUCGGAGUCGAAAGAUGUUUGUCGAAAACCUGACAUUAUAGCAGAUGCUGUUUACACUUUGCUUUGUAAAGAUAGUAAAUCUAUUACUGGGCAAUUUUUGAUUGAUGAAGACAUAUUAAAAAAUGAGGGCGUUACUGAUUUUACCAAUUAUGCAUAUAAUCCAGCAAAUAAGGAUAAUUUAAUGAUGGAUUUCUUUUUGGAUGAUAAAUAUGUUUUGGAUUCUCAAGACAAGAAACAUAAUUCUGAUAAAAUGAAUAAUGAAGUGGGAAAGGUAGAACGUAUUUUUAUUGCAAUUAAUGCACAUUUAAGUAACGAAUUAGUAAACAAAACUGGUGCAAUAUAUCAAUUUAAUGUAAAAGGAAAAGAAGCUGGGGUGUGGUUUUUGGAUUUAAAAAAUGGAAAAGGUGCUACUGGAAAAGGAGAACCAAAUCAACCAGCAGAUGCAACGCUCACAAUGGAUUCAGAGAAUUUCUUUGCUAUGUUCUCAGGUAAACUAAAGCCAACUGCAGCAUUUAUGACAGGCAAGUUAAAUAUUAGUGGAAAUCUACAGAAAGCUAUGAAAUUGGAAAAAUUAAUGAGUAGUUUAAAAUCCAAAUUGUGAAAUUGAAAAAGGAUACAAUGCUGUUAAAAAGUAUCACAUAUUUUAUAUUUUUAUAUAUGAUAAAAAGAGAAGAUAUCUCUCAAUAAUUUUUAAAAAAAUCAUGCAUAAAAAUAUAAACGCACAUCAUAUGUGCAAUUUUUAUCUUCCAUAAAGCUAAGAGAAGCAUAUAUUAACACAAUUGCAUUUUCGACUAAAUUUGUUUGUCCAAUUUUGGCACUAAUAUUUCCUUAACAAAAAUUUCAUUUUAACUUUUUUUUUUAUUUUAUAAAUGCUCACUUCUGGAUAUUAAUCUUGAAUAGCUGUUAAAUUAAAGCUUUGUUAAAAAGUUUUAUGUGAAAUAAAGUUAAAGAUCUUGCUCUUAAAUCAUUGAUUUGCUAAAAAUACAUAGUAUUCAAAAUUCUGCAUAUAAAUUUUAAUGUAAAAUCUACUGAUAUUUCAGUAUUUUUUUCUAAGAAAAUAUCAUUUCCAAAUUGAAGUUCAUAAUGUUUAGACAAAUGCAAAUAAACAAAAAUUGUAAGUGCAAAUUGCAACAAAUCAAUAUUCAUUGUAUUAGUAUCAGUA